AUGCUUAUAAGAGAAGCAGUUAAGGAUGAGGGGCUUAACUGUUUAGACAAUCAAGAAUGGGUGCAGCCUCUGCUAAAUGUCUCCUUAAACAUUUUAUUGAGUAACGAUAUCACCGUUUACACUAUUCAAAUUUUCCCCUGGCUUUUCAAAGGACAAUUACCAGCACUGGGAAACAUUACUCAGCACAGAUGGACUACAGUAUUAAAGGCAAAUAUUAGGACGGGCAAACAAGGAUUAGGUCUUAUAAUCAUACAGAAUGGACCAUAUCUCCAGAUAAUGUGCCUUGUUGAGAAAAGUUCUGCAGCUAAAGAUGGAAAGCUGAAACCAGGUGAUGUUCUAAUAAAGAUUGGACAUGCUGACGUUUUAGGAUGUACUCUGCAAGAGCUUUGGAAACUCCUGAGCAAUAUUCCUGUAGGGACUACUCUACAAAUAAGGGUUUAUAGAGAUUUUAUUGAAGUACCUCAACACUGGCAGAGUGCAGUUGAAUUAAUUCCCGAAGUAAAACUUCCUGUGAUGACAACAGACACAAGUGAAGACACUGAGGAUGAAGACACAGGGACCAGAAGUGAUGAUGAUACAGACUCGGAAACUUUUCAGUAUACAUCUUCCCAGUCAUCCUGUUCUGAGUUAACUCAUGAAUUACCAUCACUAUCCAAGAUUUGGCAUGUAUCUGAUACAAUCCAGACACUUACAGAAGGGAGAGACAGUGGGUGUGACAUUGUUCUUCAUAAUGAUGUUGAUGCACUGUGCAAUUCUGAAUUUGAUGCUAGUGGUGUUGGACCUCCUUCAAACCAGACUGUGGAAAACAGUGAGACCAGUUCCUCUUCUUCCCACUCUUCUGUGUAAGACACAACCUGACUGAAGGAAUUUGCCUUUGCUUUGGAAUAAUUCAAAACUUUGA